AUGCCAAACCUCUCCGACUUACCAUACGAAAUCCGCUUCCUCAUCUGGGAGGCGGUCUUCCACCAACCUCGCAACGUAUACAUAAAUAUGGGCGAGUAUCCCAUACAAACUGCUGUUGAGCCACGGGGUUAUUACUGCAACUACAACGAGAACACCGUCUAUUUCUGCUCCAACCCCGCCCCAGUACUCCUUCACAUCUGUCAGGAAACGCGCACCUUCGCUCUCGCGCGCUACGAAGUCUUAUUCGGUCAUGCCCGUUAUCCUACUCCUCAUUUACAGCCGGCCAGAGGUGUUUUAGCCGACCUCGGCUUCCUCUCCGCCGCCAACAAGGACAAGGAUAUCACCGCCAUGACGGUGUACGUUAAUGGGGCAGAAGAUGCAAGACAGUGUCCCAUGAUAUACUUCAAUUAUGAGCGCGACACUGUGGUAUUUGGUCGACGCCUGCGGAGGCACGCAAGCCCCACCACCACUAUCAGCAACAGCAACAACAGCGAAGAAAAAUCCAGGGCUUACUUCCCACUAUCAAAUGAAUUCGACGGUAGCAACAAGAUGCAGGCCAAGAUUCGAAAUAUGGCGGUGAAUAUUGAUAUAGCAUCUUCCGUUCUCGUGUUUCUGAAUUUUUCACCUGGAUCGGAGCGUUUCGCGAAUCUGAGGAAUCUAUAUUUGUAUAUCGAGUCUGAGGAUCCCAAAUAUCGUCCCAGACGGGUUGUGGAGCUUGUAGAUCUUACAACGGAAGACAAAGGACAAGAAGCAGAAGCAGAAGACGAGAAAGAUGGCAGAGCAAAUAUGGCUCAAAGGCUUCUGGAGAGAUUUAAGACUGUAUUUGGACGCCGUGGUGUUACGGUUGAUGGGUGUUCCGCGGAAGAGACGUUAAGGAUUAUCGGCAAAGGCGGUUUGAGUUUUUGGCGAUAUAAUCGGUUAAGAGAAUCGUUGUUGGAGAAUGGAGGAAGUCCAGACGAGCUUCUGAAGUGUGUUUGGUUGAGAGAGGUGGAUAUUCUUCAGUCUUGUUGA